AUGGACGGAAAUUAUCACCCAGGAAACAGCCAUUCUGGCUUUGACGAAUCUGCUCAUUCUGUUUCUCUCCCGUUGCAUCCCAGCCUUCUUGAAAAUGAAAGAUCUUUCGACCAACUUUUGGAUUCCUGGUUCGGUCGGCAAGAAAAUUUGUUGAGAAUUAUGCUGGAGCAGGGAAGGAAACUUGAAGAGGAAUUUGAAUUUACGCUCACAAGAUUACAAAGUAUAACAAAUGAUUCAGCCCAGCAAGAAGCCAAACUUGAAAGGGAUGCAAUUCAAGCCCUUAAAGAAGUUUGUUUUAAGAUCCCAAAUACCAAUUGCGUAAUAAAAUUAGCUUCACCAAUUGGUCAGGUCUUAUACAAAAAUAAACCCUUCUCAUUGAAAGUAACAAUUUGCGGAAUAGAGAACCUUAACAGUCUGAACUUCAGCUUGAGGAUAAAAGCCUUUACAUAUGAAGUGCCUCCAAAAGAGAUUAUAAAAUCAAGCAAGAAUGAACAAAUUUUAAGAAAUUCGAGAAUUCAGGAUGUUGGCACUGCAAAAAAAAUUAAAUUUAAAAGAGUGUCUUUUACAGGCAUCACAAGUAAAUUCCCAUUAAGGAAGGUUAUUUUUAUGAUUUACUCACUCCGCCCCCUUCGUGAGAGAACAAAGAAUUUUGUUCGCUCACAUUUAAUUUUUUUUUAUAAAAUUAUAUAUAUAAUUUUUAAAUUUUUUUUUUCAAAAUUUAAAAAAAAUUUAAUUUUUAAAACUGAGAGGCAAAAAUUAAUUUAAUUUGUGAAAUUUAUAUUUUUAAAAGCAAGCUGUUUGAAAUUUAAACAGAAUUAGCUCGAGAUUUAGUUUAAAAAUAAUUAUCAUUUAUAUAUCCAUUUUUUUUUUUCAUAAAAAUUUUUGUUUACUCAUGGAAGGUAGGUUUUUCUAAUGGUUUUGUUCGCUCUCGGAGGGGGGAGUCAGAAGAAAGAAAUGAUCUUCUGCCGUUAAUAAUACCCGGAAUUCAAGUAAAAGCAAGGUUCCCUAGUAAGUAUUUAUCAUAA